AUGGAGCCUGAAUCUCUGUGUGCAAGAGUGGUGCGUAGCAUAUAUUACCUUACUGGAGACUUCCUAGAAGCUAGGCUUGGAGCUAGGCCGUCAUAUGCGUGGAGAAGUAUUCUGUUUGGUCGUGAUCUGCUGCUGAAGGGACUAAGGCGCAAUGUGGGAUCGGGGGAGACCAUAAACGUUUGGAUGGAUAAAUGGCUCUUUGCUGCUGAACCCAUUGCUCCAAUGAGGAAACAAAUAAUUUAUGAUCUGGAGCUCAGGGUGUGUGAUCUCAUUAACCCACAAACAAGAACAUGGGAUAGAGGGAAGUUGGUGGAAGUAUUUUUCCAAAGUGAUAUCGAGAAAAUCCUGAAGAUCAAGCCAGCGUUUGGGACCAAUGACUCGUAUGAGUGGGUACACAACAAAUGGGGAGCAUACUCGGUGAGAUCGGGAUACUGGUUAGCGUGUUCUCUUGAUCAAACAGCGGUUAGAGUUUCAGCUCAGACUAAGCCUUCUCUAAAUGACUUGAGGAGUCAAGUGUGGAAGAUUAGUACUGCACCGAAGAUUAAAAAAUUUCUAUGGAAGGCGCUUUCAAAUGCCUUAGGUGUGGCCGACGAGUGCAUUGCAAGAGGAAUGAAGGUAGACCCCAGAUGUCCAAAGUGUGGAGAAGAAGGCGAGUCUAUUAACCAUGUCUUGUUCACUUGCCCAGCAGCUCGUUUGGUUUGGGCUAACUCGGGAUUCCCUUUCCUGCAAAGAGGUUUUGAGCAUUGUUCUUUAUAUACAAAUGUUAGUUACCUGAUAUCCAAAGGAAAAGAUCAACAGGUUUCGAAGGAGAUUGGAAGGAGCUUUCCAUGGAUUCUAUGGAUGUUGUGGAAAAACAAAAAUGCAUUCAUUUUUGAGGGCAAACACAAUGAUGCAGAUGAGACGGUAGCAAAGUGUCUGGAGGAUUCGAAGCGAUGGUUUGAUGUGUUGGAAACGGCGAAACGGGAUGGGAGUGAGACGAAACGAAGGGGUGGAGAUAGUAGGGUGUGGAAGGCACCAGAGAGAGGAGUUGUGAAGUGUAAUAUUGGAAUUUCUUGGAUCAAAAAGACGAGAGUAGCAGGAAUGGGGUGGAUUGUUAGAAACAGUGAAGGUGUUACUGUGUUACAUAGCAGAAGAGCUUUUAGUGGUGUUCCGUCGCUUUUGGAGGCAAAACGUUUGGGAUUGGUGUGGGCUGCAGAGAGCAUGCUGUCUCAUAAAAUUCAGAGGGUAAGGUUUGAGGUGGAGGAUUGUGAAGUGGUGGGAGCGGUGAAUAGACCGAAAGCGUGGCCUGCCUAUCGCUCACAUGGAGGGGGAAUAAGAGAGAUCAUGAGUAAGAUUGCAGACUGGGAAGUGCUGUUAGAAGAGAGGUGA